CACACAGCGCCAUACUAAGAUGGCGUUCGUUGGAAGACACACUGUAAACGUUGUGGCGGUCUGUGUAGUGUCUGGACUGAACUCUUUGAGUUUCAGUUCUUUGCAAUCACUUCAGAGCAGCUUGAAUGAUUCCAAGGGGUUAGGCCUUGCAAGUCUUAGCUGCUUUUAUGCAGCACUCACCGUCUCAUGUCUCUUGAUAUCACCGGUCAUGCUACAGAAACUUGGAACCAAGAAGACACUUAUCUUAGGUUCGGUAGCUUACGGGCUGAAUGCUGCCAGCAACUUCUAUCCCAAGUUUUUCAUUCUCAUCCCAUCCGCAAUCCUCUGUGGUCUGGGGACGGGACCUAGUUGGGCGGCCAUAUCCACAAUGCUAAAUACUCUUGCUGUCAAUAAGGCAGGGUUACGCAGCAGCCUCGCCGAAGUUCUCACGAGCCGGUAUAUGGCCUUUCAAAACGCGUCCUGGCAGAUAUCGAACACUGUUGCGACAUUUGUUCUGUCCCAAGUCCUCACAAGGCACGUAUCAGAGGAGGGCCUCCUGGACAGUUCAAAUUUCAGUUCUAGUUGUUGUGGUGCGCGGGACUGUGGUGCAGAGAUACCUGAAGAGACGAUAGGUACACUCCGGCCACCAGAGGUCCUGAUCAGGAUAUUUUUAGGCGUCUUUGCGGCUAGUGGCCUGAUUCUCGCUCCACUCAUCGGCCUGUUCUUCAUGGACAACGUCAAACCCUGUUACCACCAUGUAUCGGCGAAUCUGUCAGCCGAACAGAAACAGUCCAACUGGCUGGCAACACUACACGCCUUGAGAGAGCCACAUCUGCUGAUGCUCAUGCCUUUCGCCGUCUUUAUUGGUGCAUACUAUUCAUUCGUUGUGGGAGAUUUUACAAAGUCGUUUGUCAGCUGCACACAGGGCGUUCACGACGUUGGUUACAUCAUUGCAGUCUUUGCAGCCAGCGACGCCAUUUUCACCAUCAUCUUUGGAUUGCUAAGGCAGUACGUGAGCAGACUGGUCAUGCUGACGGUUGCAGCAACUCUAAUUGAAGGAGCGUUCGUCUUUUCUGUGCUCUGGGAUCCUGAAGAGAGACAGAGAUGGCACUUGUUUGUUUUGGCCGUCGUAUGGUCCGUGGGAGAUGCAGUCUGGCAAAUGCAAAUUCGAGGUACGUGUCACGUAUGUUCAUGCCCGCAGCUAGUUUGUGCGUAUGUACACUGAAUCCCACUACAGCCAAAAGCCAGUAAAAUGUUUCUUGACUCGAACA